GACACACCUGAGCAUUAAGAAGACUCAAGACUAAACAGAAGAAAGAUGCUGUGCUCUCAUGGAUUCCCGUCUGCCCUCAGUCCAUUCAUGGACUUCUCCUGGCCUGGACGCAGUCUGUGGCCAGAGGUCAGACCUCUGUUCUACCAGCAGCAUGUCAUGCAGAGAGACCUACAGGAGCUGCGCAGCAGUCUGCAGCUGAUGGACAAACUUCAACGCCAGAUCCUGGAGGACACAGAGCCUUUCAGGAGCAGCGUGGCUCUGCAGCCAGUCUCCUACCAGCUGGACAAAGAGGGAGAGCACUUUGGCCUAACCCUGGACACUCAGGGCUUUUCUCCAGAAGAUCUGUCAGUCCGGCAGGUGGGCAGGAAGCUGAGAGUCAGCGGGAAGAUGGAGAAGAAACAAGAGGACGGGAAAGGCUACUACUCUUACAGCCUGCAGGAGUUCAGACAGGAGUUUGAUCUGCCUGAAAGGGUGAACCAUGAAGACGUCAGCUGCCAUCUUUCUCCAGAUGGAAAGCUCCACAUCCAGGCAGCCAAAGUUCCUUGUAUCGAGGGGACAGAGAGAGAGCUGACUAUCAAGAGGAGCUCAGAGGAGGAACCACAGCAGAGUGUGUGUUCACAGGCAGAAGACAGCAGAGCAGAAACACAGAACGGAUCAUAGAACAAACCUGAAAACAUGAACUCACAAACAUGUUGAUGUGCCAAUGGGAUGAUUUUAGAUUUCAUUGAUAAUACUCUUGUGUGGAUUAAUGUUGUUUUGGUACAUUACUGUAUUUGUUAACAGAAACAUUUGGAAAAUUAAAGAAUAAUAGACAGUUAGUGGUUC